GUGUGUUUUUUCGGUGUGACGGUGACAGUGAGACGCAAUUUUUAGUUUUCGGUUUCUCUGCUUUCUGUGCGAUGUGCUACGGUUUCACCGAUCUCCGCAUCCUCUGUCUCGCGUAGUCGGAGCUCGGAACCUCACGAUGGAGUGCCGCAAGGGUCGACGGAAAGGAGGAGCUCCGAUCCUCGGCAGUCUGCUACUUGCGUGGUUCUUAACCAACGGCUGCGCCGUCGUCGCACGAAAUAUAGAGAGGUACGACACCGCAUACGCUUGCGAGGGCAAGACGCUGGAGAUCGAAUGCGGCGAGGGAAAACUGAUCCACUUGAUACGGGCAAACUAUGGCAGGUUCUCCAUCACGAUAUGCAACGAGCACGGGAACACCGAGUGGAGCGUCAACUGCAUGUCGCCCAAAUCGUUCCGCGUGCUGAACAACGAGUGCAACGACCAGCAGAACUGCAGCAUCGUUGCGUCUACGCUGCAAUUCGGCGAUCCUUGCCCGAAUACACACAAAUAUCUCGAAGCGCAUUAUCGAUGCGUGUCCGCGGCCACUACCACGACGACAUCCCGGCCGAGUCCGCCGUGGUUCAUAACUUCACAACCGAGUGUCUGGAGCACCGCUAAGCCAACUGUCAGGCCUCCCUCGAGGAUUACGACACCAGCGCAACAGCCACACCAACAACCACCGGCGCCGUCCACUCCAGUGAUGCCGAUAACGACGCCGGCGAGUUCUACGUCAACAAGGUCCUCUGCCGACAUCGAAGUCGAUGAGGAAGAUCAGGAUUUAAUACCUCCUGCGAAUGGUUCUCCGGCGAAUGGCCCGGCAAUGCCGCCGAUUAUAUUUGAGACCACUCAAGCUACGACAACAUCUACCUUCGCUCCUUGGAGAACCAGCCGAAGGACCACCGUACCCAGCACACUAUACCCGGAGUCUACUUCGAAUGGAAGCCCGUGGUAUGACUAUAGACAAGUGUGUCCUCCGGUAGUAGCCCGGAAUCUGUCCUGGAACACGACCAGGGCUGGCGACGUGGCCGUACAAAGCUGCCCCGGCGGUGCCAAUGGUCUGGCCAGAUGGCGGUGUCUGGCCCGCGGAGAAUCCGCCUUCUGGCAUCGCGACAAUCCAGAUUUGAGCGAGUGUCGAUCAGUCUGGUUGACCACCCUGGAAAACCGUGUGACGGACGGCGACGUGAUUCUCGGUAUCAGCAGGGAGCUCUCGCAAGUCACAAAUAACAGCCGCGGUUUGUACGGCGGCGACAUGAUGAUAACUACGAAGAUCAUUAAAAAUAUGGCCGAGAAGAUGGCCCUGGACAUUAAAACCUACCAAGAUUCUAAUCAGAGGGAGGUCAGCGUCACAGAGUUGCUCCAGGGCGUAGUGAGGACCGGUAGCAAUUUGCUCGACAAGGCGCAAAUGGCGUCCUGGAAGGAUCUUAGUCAUCAGGAACAGAUGAGGGUCGCAACAUCGCUGCUGAUCGGUCUCGAGGAGAACGCUUUCUUAUUGGCCGACACGCUUCUGCAGGAGAAGACCAUUAUGCAUGAAGGCAAAAACAUAUUAAUGGAAGUUCGCGUACUGGAUGCGCGCAACAUCGGCAACGAGCUGGAAGUUUUCCCGAGCGAAGCCGCCCAGCAAAGGUGGACCGUCUCGAACGAUCGCGUGGAACUUACCAGAGGCGCUUUACUGGACAACAGCGAGGCCGGUAUCGUCCGGCUAGUCUUCAUGGCCUUUGACAGACUCGAGGAGAUACUACAGCCGCAAGCGGAGCCGCCGUCCGUCGUCAUGAACGACGAUCCCCAGCCACUGCCGCGGAGGAACACUACUCGUCUUCUCAACAGCAAAGUUAUCUCGGCGUCCUUGGGAAAAGGCCGGCACAUACAGCUCUCGGAACCCGUUCGAGUGUAUUUCAGACAUCUGGCGGUCGAGAACGUCACCAAUCCCACUUGCGUCUUCUGGGAUUACAUCUUGAGUGCCUGGUCGGACGAGGGAUGCCAGAUACAAAAGACCAACGAGACUCACACCGUGUGCGAAUGCAAUCACCUGACGAACUUCGCCGUGCUGAUGGACGUGCACGCCGUCAGGCUGGACAUCGCCCAUCAGGUUGCCCUGCAGAUCAUCACGUAUAUAGGCUGCAUCAUUUCCGUCGUCUGCCUCGUCCUGGCUAUUCUCACGUUUCAAUUAUUUCGCGGACUGAAGUCGGACAGAACGACGAUCCACAAGAAUCUCUGCGUGUGCCUGCUGAUUGCCGAAGUACUUUUCGUUUGCGGUAUCGGCCAAACUAAUCAGAGAAUCGUUUGCGGCAUCGUGGCCGGCUUAUUGCACUUUUUCUUCUUGUGCGCAUUUGCCUGGAUGUUCCUCGAAGGAUUCCAAUUAUAUGUGAUGCUGAUCGAGGUAUUUGAAGCGGAAAAAUCGCGGCUUCGAUGGUAUUAUCUGGUCGCGUAUGGCGCACCGCUGUUGGUCGUAGCAAUUUCGUGCAUAAUCGAUCCACUCAGCUACGGUACCGAUCGGUACUGUUGGCUGCGCGCAGAUAAUUAUUUCAUCUUCAGCUUCGUCGGACCUGUGAUACUCGUUAUACUGGCAAAUCUGGUAUUUCUAUCAAUGGCAAUCUAUAUGAUGUGUCGGCAUGCGAAUACUACUGUGGCUAUGAAAAGCAAGGAGCAUUCCCGAUUGGCUAGCGCAAGUGGAAAGGAAGAGAAUGCUCUUCCCAACAAAUUGCAAGCGCACUUGGCCUGGCUGCGGGGCGCUAUCGUGCUGGUGUUUCUACUAGGUCUGACCUGGACGUUCGGGCUUCUCUACUUAAACCAAGAAUCCGUCGUGAUGGCGUACAUCUUCACCGUAUUGAAUAGUCUCCAGGGGCUGUUUAUCUUUGUGUUCCAUUGCGUACAGAACGAGAAGGUGAGGAAGGAAUACCGAAAGUUCGUGCGCCGUCAUUCUUGGUUGCCGAAGUGCCUAAGGUGCUCGAAGACUGUGACAGGCGGCUCGGCCGGCUCCACUGGCGGCAGUGGCGGCACCGGCGGCGCCAACGGCGGCAAGGACUUCGCCUCGCAUAACACCUCGUCGAACCCCUCGGCUCCUACCACUGACAGCUCCGGACUGUCGCCUCAUGCAGCCACCAAUUACUUGGUAUCCGGUCGAAGCUGGGCGAUAGUCGAUAGGCAGCCGGCAGUAACGGUGCCAGGUGAACCCGCCUCGACCGAGGCUCACAUCGUGGCCACCCUGCCGUACGCACGUCACGCCUUCUUACCCUCAGCUCCCAAUAUCCCCAAAUCUGCCACCGCCACUUGGGGCCACCUUAACAAAAACCUCAUGUGGAAGAACAUUUCUUUUAAGUCUUACUCUCGCGAUUCCGGACAUGGCGGCUCCGAGCAGGAGGAUUCCCCGCGGACGCACAACACCCUGACGCUCGGCCAUUCUGGUAGGAGACGCGGACCGAAUGAUACAACCGAUAUGAACACUGGUACCAGGACGAUCGGCGGUAGACGUGCCGCGAUGCCAUACAAUCAUACGUAUACCGAAAUCGUAGAUGGUCGAGGCAAUGGCGGUAUCGCCGGGCAUCAUCAACUGCAUGGUCACCACGGUCAGCACGUUCAUUUGCCGCGUGGCCUUGCCAACGAGGACGAUCCAGUGUACGAGGAGAUCGAGCGUAGUGGCGGUGGAGGUGGUGGUGGUGGUGGCAACGGCAGCGGCAACGGUGGCAUCGGCAGUGGAAUCGGCGGUAUCGUCGGCGCUGGCGAGAUCCAGGUGUCGGAUAUGUCCGAUGAGGACGGCCGUCGACCGAGCGACAUGAGCAGGCAAUCCUCAAGAAGCUACGGUGAUCAUCGGCCGCUGAUCCCGUACUCGCCCGCCGCCGAUCGCAAUCUGGUGCACUACGGCCAAACGAUGACGGAACGCGGCGGUAGUGCCGGUGGCGGUAAUCUCACGCAUUACGACUCGACGGAGUACGGGGUCGAACGAACCCUGAACGCCUGUUGGGAGAAACUGCGCCGGCAGCAGGCUAGGUACGAGCUUGGAGAUCUGCCGCGGUUGCCGGCGGCAUACGGCAUGCCGCCACAGCAAGACCACACGCGGACGGUGGCCGUGCUGGACGGGCACACCGUCGUCUGUCACUUACAGCCGCAGACGGACAUGUACACGGGUCGCGGUAUGCCGCCGCCGUCCUACAGCGAGUGUUAGGUUCCGACCUGGGCUAGGGAACCUCUCUCGUCCCCUCGCGAAGAAACGACGAACUCGUCUAAGAGAUGGUGACGUCGACCAGCUAGUACGGCGUAAACCGUCUGGACGAUUCGUCUCCCGGGACUACGUGAUGGUGAUGGAGGUGACGGUGGUGAUGGUAUCGACGAUUCGUUCCUGAAGAGAAUAACCGAAGGGAACACGCGGGAGACGAACGUACCGCUUUUUAGCUCAAGCGUAAGCGCGACGGUGUCUUGAUGCAGUCUCAUCGCGUUUUAGCCAUAAUCGACGUAUCGCGAGCGUUCUAGAGAAUGCCGCUCUUGUUUCCGUUCAGGUGGAAUUUUGAUCAGACGUCUCCUCGCGAACGAAUGGAGAGAGAGAAAGGAUGGAAGUAUGAGAGAGAAUGAACGAAUGCGAGAUCGGUGGGCAUCCAACUAAGACUGUCACGUCGUCCAAUGGAUGCCCCGUUUCUCUUAAGAUAUACUGUGUACAUGUGUGCGUGAGUGCAUACCACCGCGACGUGGACUUUGUAUAACAAUUGUAGCGGACCUCUCGUUUAGGCUAAGUCGACGACGACGACGUGCCCGUCGUGGCGUUUGGAAUUGGCGAACCGAGAUUGGCGCCAAGAAAGAUCAGAACGUAACGGAUCUUGAUGAAGACGGGAGUUUCUGCGAAGUCCGAAGCGAUUGCGAGGAGAUUGGCUUUUGAGAAAAUAUAUUCUGAAUUUAAAUACGAUGUGUUUGUAGAUUUCAUACGAGCGUAACGAACCAAAGUUUUAUUGUUUUGAUGUUAAAAAGCAGCUCGUGGAAAUUUUUGCAAAAAUCUGUCAUAUAUUA